AUGGCUGCGCGCCCCGCCGCCACCCUCGUCUGGUCGCUGCUGCUCCUGUCCUCAGCCCUGCUCCGCGAAGGCUGCCGGGCGCGCUUCGCCUCCGAGGCGGACUCGGAGGAUGACGGAGAGGAGCCGGUGGUUUUCCCGGAGUCGCCCCUGCAGAGCCCCACGGUGCUCGUGGCUGUCCUCGCCCGCAACGCGGCGCAUUCGCUGCCGCACUUCCUCGGCUGCCUGGAGCGGCUGGACUACCCCAAGAGCAGGAUGGCCGUCUGGGCAGCCACCGAUCACAACGUGGAUAAUACAACAGAAAUACUCAGGGAGUGGUUGAAAAAUGUACAGAGACUCUAUCACUAUGUGGAGUGGAGGCCUAUGGAUGAACCAGAGUCUUAUCCUGAUGAAAUUGGACCGAAGCACUGGCCAAGCUCCCGGUUUGCCCAUGUGAUGAAACUACGACAGGCAGCCCUUCGAACUGCGAGGGAAAAAUGGUCAGACUACAUUCUGUUCAUAGAUGUCGACAAUUUCCUGACUAAUCCACAGACCCUCAAUCUACUGAUGGCGGAAAACAAAACUAUUGUGGCCCCCAUGCUGGAGUCUCGGGGCCUGUAUUCUAAUUUCUGGUGUGGAAUCACCCCUAAGGGCUUCUAUAAGAGGACCCCAGACUACGUUCAGAUUCGAGAAUGGAAGAGGACAGGCUGCUUCCCCGUCCCCAUGGUCCACUCCACCUUCCUAAUUGACCUCAGGAAGGAGGCCUCAAACAAGCUGACUUUCUACCCCCCACACCAGGACUACACUUGGACGUUUGAUGACAUCAUCGUCUUUGCCUUCUCCAGCAGGCAAGCAGGCAUCCAGAUGUACCUCUGCAACAGAGAGCACUAUGGCUACCUGCCCAUCCCCCUGAAGCCCCAUCAGACGCUGCAGGAGGACAUCGAGAACCUCAUCCACGUGCAGAUUGAAGCAAUGAUUGAUCGUCCUCCAAUGGAACCCUCCCAGUAUGUCUCAGUUGUCCCUAAAUAUCCAGACAAGAUGGGAUUUGAUGAGAUUUUCAUGAUAAACCUCAAACGCAGAAAGGACAGGCGGGACCGGAUGUUGCGCACACUGUAUGAGCAGGAGAUUGAGGUCAAGAUCGUCGAGGCUGUGGAUGGAAAGGCACUCAACACAAGCCAGCUGAAGUCCCUGAAUAUUGAAAUGCUCCCUGGCUACCGAGAUCCCUAUUCCUCCAGGCCUCUAACCAGGGGUGAAAUUGGCUGCUUUCUCAGCCACUACUCAGUCUGGAAAGAGGUUAUUGACCGAGAACUAGAGAAGACUCUUGUAAUUGAAGAUGAUGUGCGUUUUGAGCAUCAGUUUAAAAAGAAGCUGAUGAAGCUGAUGGAUGAUAUCGACCAGGCUCAGCUGGACUGGGAGCUGAUUUAUAUUGGUAGGAAGAGGAUGCAAGUCAAGGAGCCAGAGAAAGCAGUGCCCAGUGUGGAAAACCUGGUCGAAGCCGACUAUUCCUACUGGACCCUGGGCUACGUCAUCUCUCUGGAAGGGGCACAGAAGCUGGUUGGAGCCAAUCCUUUUGGGAAGAUGCUGCCAGUGGAUGAGUUUCUGCCAAUCAUGUACAACAAGCAUCCUGUAGCCGAAUACAAGGAGCAUUAUGAAUCCAGGGACCUGAAAGCCUUCUCUGCAGAACCCUUGCUCAUCUACCCGACACACUACACAGGCCAGCCGGGGUACUUGAGUGACACGGAGACCUCCACCAUCUGGGACAACGAGACGGUGGCCACCGACUGGGAUAGGACACAUGCCUGGAAGUCCCGGAAGCAAAGUCGCAUCUACAGCAAUGCCAAGAACACGGAGGCCCUGCCACCGCCAACCUCCCUGGACACUGCGCCUUCGAGGGACGAGCUGUGAGAAUAUGGGGAAGACAUUGUCUUUAGAAUGAGGCAGAGAAACAGAUGUUGCAGACUUCCACCGAGCCCGGGGGAGCAGUGGGUGUGGACAUACUGGUUCAGCAAUCUGAUUCUCCUGACUUUCCCAGCCAGGCUCCUGCAGGGAGGCCUGUGGAUGGGGGAUCUGAACUGUUUUGAAACAAAUGAUUCUCUAUGUGAGGUAAGAAACCUGGUUGGAAACAAAGGGCUGGUCAACUGAUUGAGGCCAGCAACCAGGGAAGCUCUUGGAAUCAGAAUCCCGGGCAGACACCCUUUCUUAGAAAAUAUCCCCAAAGAGUCCUUUCUGCUUUCUUCACACAUUGAUUUUAUGUAAAAUGCAGAGUUGGACUACAUAAUUUCUUCCCACUCCACAAUCUGUCGUCCUAGUAUAGAUCAUGGCGGUUUUCCUCAAGUGUACAUUCUCACGCCCUCAAUCUGUAAAUUUCUGUCUCCAGAAAAACCCUCCCAGGCAUCCCAUACAAGCACCCUUCCUCCUCAGUGCCCACGCACCAUGCAGGCACACGGCGGGGCUGUGCGCACUCCAGAGCUUGAGCUUCACACUUAAGACUCAGGGGGAGGGCCCUUCAGAGCAGAGCCCAUGGUAGGUGGUGCUGCCUAUGCAAGCUUAGUGUACAAACGUAAGAUAAACUUUCAGCCAGAUACCUAAUUCUUCAGUUCACUGCCUAUGUGAUACUGAUUCUCACAUUAAGGUUAAACAGCAUGGCUCAGAGUCUAAAGAAAAUGAUCACCAAGCUUUCCCAUCAGCAAAUAGGUAGUUCAGGCAGCCCGGCAGCCUCACCUUCCCAGGUGAGGGGCGGAUCCCCGGUUUAGGACAAUAGGCAGCUUGCCUUCCACCAGACGCCAGCCCUGGCCUGCCUUCCUGACUCACUGUGGAUACCAUUCUCCACUGACCAGCAAGCCGGGACACCGAGGAAAGGGAUCUCGCCCUACUCCAAUUGUACCGCGGAGACUUAGCUGUCAAGAGCAUCUGGGGAGUGAGUGAUUCCUAAGAUUUCCUUGGGUAUCUGGUUUUUGUUUGCAUAUGUGAGUGUGUGCAUGUGUGCAUGGCUUUAAUGAUUUUUUUUUUAACAAAGCGGGAGGUUGCUGAGGUGCUGAGGGUGAAGGAAGUUUGGGUUGAUUUUUGUGUUGUUUUGUUUAAUAGAGAAUUUUUUCUCCUGUUUCUCUGUCAGCUGGUCUGACAGAUUUAAGAACUCUCAUUCUUAAAAGACAUUGGACUUAAAUUCUAGCAUUUUAGACUAGGACUGUUGUACUGUGAAGAAAGUUCUGGCUCUGUUUGCCCGGCUUGUUUCUCCCUGCUCAGCCUGCAGAUCCCGAGCAGCGUUUUUUCCUGGUGAACGUUGUGAGCUGCAGAUGUGACUUUGUUUUUAAGUCAUCUCUUCAGCAAUCCAGAGGUUCCCUGACCUCAUUAACUGUCCUAAGCCAAGACAUUUGACCUUCGCAGUGUCACGUGAGGUCGUCAGUGUAGAGGCCUUUGCAUCUGGCCCUGUCACCCGCUCUCUGCCUCUGGAGGCUAAACCCUGUCUGAACUCCUCUUGGGAUCUAACGUGGGAUCUUCUGGGCAGACAACCGUGACAUCAGCAGUGCUGGUGCUGCUGUGUGUGGACUGAACACCUGCACUUUGCAGGGGACACACUGCGUGGGCCCCAGUUGGGGUUCACUCAGACCUGCUGCAGGAGCUCUGGAGAACAAGAAAGAGCUGACACCCUGCACCCUGCAUCAUCUGUCUUGCUGUGCCGUUUCAGGGUGGGGAAGUGAUCAACUAUUUGCCUUCUGGAGCUCUUUGUGAAAAAUUAAAAAAAAAACUUAGCUCAAAGA